AUGGCACUGAAAAGAAAACAGAGUUCUAGCGCUCAGGUGUACGAUUUCCAUCAGAGUACAUCCCCAACAUCCAGCAGCACUGCGACUGAGAAACAUCUGUCCGUUAGUGCUGCUGAGGAUACUGAGAUGCCAGUGAGAAAGAGGAGGAGGACGGAGAGUUUUCAGAAGCUGCUCUCUCUCAAAUCCAUUAAGUGGAGCAGCAGCAGCUCAGACCAGGCAUCAAUAAAUGAGAGACAUGCUGAGGAUGACAUUCUGAGUCGGUAUGAAAUCGGCAGAAAGCUUGGUGAGGGAGGAUUUGGCUCCGUCUAUGAAGGGAAACGCUUGGAGGAUGGCCUUGAGGUGGCAGUGAAAACUGCCAGAAAGCCAAAGAACAUGAAAUAUAUCAACAUUUCUGGUCAUCCCACACCCCUUCCAUUAGAGGUCGGCCUGUUAAUCCUGGUCAACAGGGAGCCCAAAGCUCCAGAGAUCAUUCAGCUGCUGGACUGGCAGGACCAGCCUGAAUAUUACAUCAUGGUCAUGGAGCGCCCCUCACCCUGCGAAGAUCUGUGGAACUACUUGAGGCGUCACAGGGGCAUCCUCAAGGAGGAAACAGCACGGUUCAUCAUGGCACAAGCAACGAUGGGCGCUCACAUCUGCUGUCAACGAGGAGUGUUUCACCGUGACAUUAAGCUGGAGAACCUGCUGAUGAACCCCGAAACCCUCGAGGUCAAGUUGAUCGACUUCGGGUGCGGGGAUCUCCUGAAAGACUCUGGCUAUAAAAGAUUCUAUGGCACACGAGAAUACUUCCCUCCUGAGUACUGCGUGAGGCGCAAGUACCACGGGAGACCAGCUACUGUGUGGUCUCUGGGAGUGCUGUUAUUCAUCAUGAUGUGUGGACGCUAUCCACAACCCAGAGACCUACACACGAUUGAGCACGACAUCUGGUCUGAGCCUGGCUUGUCGGACGAUUGCUGCCACCUGAUUCAGUCUCUCCUGCAGCAAAACCCAAGCCAGCGGAUUGAUCUGAGGGAAAUCCUGCUACAUAAAUGGUUUAAGGUCGCCGAACAAGACGUAAAGAGGAAAAUGUAA